UGCAGCAUGUGAUGAAGGGUUUGGAAAUUACUAAAUAUGCUACAAUGUCAGUACAAAUACUGCAGUCGUACCCCACAAAGGAGGUCAUCAAUGACACCUUUGUCCCUAAAUUUUUAGAAAGCAUGAAGUCAUUGACACAAGAGAAGUACGACCGUGACGGACGGCACAAACUGCCGAACGUGAAGCGCUUGAAAGAGGAGCUCCUGGAAGCCAUCACAGAGAGUGUUUCCAGCGAAUUCAUCAGUGCCUGUUCCAGACACAUGACCGCCCUCACGAACAAAGCCUGCAUGGCUAAAGUGACCUUUGCUGCUGGCAGCGCCGUCAGCAACCUUCUCGGCAGGACCGACACCCAGAGCUUCUUCACCAACCAGGUGUACAAGCACCAGGUGAGACAGACCUUCAAGAGUCGCUGCCAGGACCUGCCCGAAGCAGAGAAGAGAGACUUGCAGUGUUAUGCUGACGACAUCUGUGACGUCAACCAUCCAGCCACGGAGGUGGACAUCCUCGUCCUCACCCAGAGCGAAGCCCUGCAGGGCAAAGGCAUCAAGCUGAUCGUGGUGGACAAAGAUGGGAAGAAGCUCUCCCAGGAUUAUUAUCCGGGGACGGACGCGUCGGCCGGAGACAUCGUCCUGCAGCUGAGGAAGGAGCCGGAAAACCCCCAGCGAUCAGAGGAAUUUUUCUCACAGAAUAUCAAACGGAUCCGUUUAGAGCAGAGUCCGUCCACCGGACACUUUGAGAUUGUGCGACUGGACGGUUCUGUUGAGCCGGCGUACUCCGAGGGUCAUAACUGCCUGUAUCAUGCCGUCGCUCAGGCAACCAGCACAAACCCCAAUACCAGAGAAGAGGCGGCGAUCCUUCGCAACCAAGUCAGACAGACGCUUCGGGAUGAUGUGGACCGAUAUGCUCCGGUCCUGAAGCUACAGAGAGAAUACGAAUUGUCGUACACUUCAUCUGGAAAAUACUUAAUCAUCGGAGGCUGCAGGAAGACCCGAAACGAGGCCAAUGACCGGUAUAAAGAGCACCUAAACACGACGCCACAGAACAAUUUAACCGAGAACGAUGCAUCUGUGAUCAAAACCUACAAGCUGGGAAGGGUCGGGACGCACAAUGAUAUAAAAGUUUUGAGGAAGGAGAACGGAUCUGCCAACGUCAGACUGGACAACAACAACAACAACAGCAGCUCUCCGGUGAACGCCGAUCACAUCCCGCCCAUCAACACCUUCCAGAAGGCCUCACAGAUGCUGGACUGGAACCCCAGCGCCAGACAGGAACUCCAGCAGAAGAAUCCCAAGCUCUACCAGAUGAUGGACUGCAAAGGAACCCAUGGGCUCUGCAGAGAGGUUCUCACUCCACAUCACCGGCUGGCCCUGACCACCGGCAACGGAGACGACGCUCACCUGAUCAGGCAGACGCUGGCUGAGAAGUUUGUUCAAGGAGAUGUGGUCACAGGGAUGAAGAUGUCGCUGAUGGCGUCCAAUCCAGAGGUUUCCCAGAGACUGAUGAGGGAUGCAGGACUCCCCCCUCGGCAAAUCAAAAGAGAGAACGUGAUCUCCAAAGAGGCGACUCGGCGUUACCAUGACAUCGGAGACAAACUGCUGGUGGAAAAAUACUCUGAGAUGGGAGUGAUCGACCGGCAGGGAAAAGAAAGACUCAAAAAGUGGCUGAAAGACGGAAAACUUUACUCCACCAACACACCCGUAUAUCGCGAGCUGCUCAACAAUCUCAGAGAGUUGAAAAAGAGUUGGGAAAAUGAACAAGAUUAACACAACAACAUCAUGAUGCUGCCUCCACCGUGCUUCAUCAUGAUACUGCCUCCACCGUGCUUCACAUCAAGAGCUCCUCGACAUUUAAACAAACUUAAAGAGAAUCUGGACUUCAAGUGAACAUGAUGAAAAAAACAGAACAAUAUUUUGCACGAGUUUGUUUCUGGCAUAAAAUAAUGAUGAUGAUGUGAGUUUAUAUUGAUGUGAAGUUCAGUGACAGAGACACCUGCUGGUCAAUCUGAGGAAGUGCAGCAGCUUCACUGAACAGAGUGUCUGUGAUUCCAUGAAUUUAUCAACAGAAUCUCUCAGUUAUUGGUAAAAUACGUUUUAAAAUCUGAUAAAGAUUUAUGGAAUAAAUCAGAAUGAAAUAUGUGAAUCAGGUUCAUCUGGAGGUUUAGACCGACCUCCUUUCUUAUCCACCUACCCAUCAAACUGAAUAAAGGAUCAAUAUCUUUAAA